AUGAAAGCCUCACUCCCUUUUGCCAAUUCUACCCUCUCCAUCUGGCAUCGCACCACGCGCUCGUUCCCCUAUCUUCAUGCCAAUCGAUCAAUCAAUGUUCCGCCAUCCACCAAGUACCUUAUCAUCGGAUCUGGGAUCUCCGGGGCCCUGACGGCGUAUGAGCUAAUUCGGACCGGCGUUAGGGGGGAGGAUAUCUUGAUUCUGGAAGCGCGAGAAGCUGUCUCCGGGGCGACCGGGCGAAAUGCUGGCCAUAUUCGACCAGAUGCCUUUCGCGGCUUUCCUGGUUAUGCCGCGGUGCACGGACCGGAGCAGGCUAGAAAGAUACUGGAAAAUGAGAGAGUCGUUCUAGAAAGAGUACGUGAAUUUGUCACAGCAAAUGAUGUCGACUGUGAUUUCAAGUACACCAACACAUUCGAAGUCUGUCUUUCGGAGGAUAUUGUGAAUGGCUCAGCCAAGGCUCUCGCAGAAUAUGAGGCCGCCGGGGGGGAUAUCUCCCAUAUCAGUGUCUUUGAAGGCCAGGAUGCCAAAGAAAGAACUAGAGUUCGCAAUGCUUUGUCCGCCUACGAGUCACCGGCUGCAUCGAACCAUCCGGGGAAGCUGUGUCAGUGGAUCUUAUCCGACGUGGUCAGUAAGGGGGUCAAGUUGUGGACACAUUGCCCUGCUAUUCAAGUCGACAAAAGUCCAAACUCCACAGAAGGUCGAUGGAAUGUGUAUACUUCACGUGGAACAAUAAAUGCUGAGACCGUAAUCCAUUGCACCAAUGCUUAUGCAGCCUACUUAGUGCCUGAGCUGAGUCAAUUCAUCCGUCCACGCCGGAUACAAGGCCACGCGUUUAUACCGAGGCUUUCCCUUUCUGGCAGUGACUCGCUGCAGCAUACCAUGGCCCUCCGAUACGGGUCCGAGCACUUCUUCUCCGUCAACUCCUUGCUCAAUGGCACAAUACUACUAGGCGGGUCGGGGACCAGAACUAGCUCUCCUGACAAGGGUGACCUGUCCAUCAAUGCAGCCACCUUCGACGAUACGGGUUACAGCAAGCACAUCGCUGAAAAUAGCACGAGAGAAUUUUGCGAAUUGUCACAGGAUCCAGGGACCGAGCCGCUUCGCCAUGGCGAAGGAUUGGACCACGUCUGGACGGGGAUCAUUGGCGUGACGCCGGAUAAAAUUCCUCUGGUUGGAUCCAUUGAGGGUCUUGAGGGCCAGUGGAUUUGUGCGGGUUUCAACGGACAUGGUAUGGCAGGGAUCUUCACAUGCGCCCCGGGGCUGGUGAAGCUGAUCAAUGGCCAGUCAUGGGAUGAGACUGGAUUGCCCGAGUGUUUUCAAUACAGCAAAGAACGCAUCGACAAAUUCACCGAAAGCCAGAUUAAGAGCUUCCUAUGA